AUGAAUAUCCAAGCGAUUGUUUGCAGUUUUAUAUUGGCAAUUGGUCUUGUUCUUAUUUGUACAUCAACUAAUACAGUGGAUGAAGAUACAGAUUUCACAAAAACCACUUAUACAGUACUUUUUGUUAUUGGAUGUGUUAUGACAGUUGUUGGUGGUCUCGGAUAUCUUUAUACAAUUUAUGAAGUUCUGAUGAGAGCUCAUCAGAAAUUCAAAGCAAGGCAAUUGAGAAAACUGGAGCAACAAGUUGUUAGGAGAAGGACUGAAACGAUGGCUCGAACAAGGACGAUUGCAUUGACAAUGGAGAGAGAAAAGGCGAUGUCAAUGAAUGGUGGAGGACCUGCAUAA